AUGAAGUUGUCUGCUGUUAUCUCCACCCUUGCCUUAGCUUUAACUGUUGCCGCUGCUCCAGCUGCCGAAGCCGGUCCAGCUCCAGCUACUCCAACUGAACAAAAAAGAGAUUUAUUAACUGAACUUAACCUUGGUGGUUUCUUAAAUGCUAUUAAUAACUUAGUUAUCAAAGAAACUGAUCCAUUACAAGCUACUAGCACUAUUGCUCCAAAUGCUCCAUUCACUUUCAGUUAUCCUAUCCCUGCUAACUUAUUAGAUAUUAACUUAGGUGAUAUUCUUUCAUUAAACCUUUUCCCAGAAAACUUUGGUUCUUUAUUAGAAGACAUUGGUUUAUAA